AUGAGCUUCCUAUCCUCGUUCCUCCCCAAUGGCCGAGUGGCUUUCUACCACGCUCCUAAAUCCGUCCUGCUUCCCCGUAAGAACCCCGGACCCGGUGACUCGAAAACUAUUUCUCUCGCGGAGCUCUGCAAAGCUUCAACUCCGUCAACAUGCCGGUUAAACCCUCUUCUAUUCAACGGACACUUGCAGACCGCGUGGACGGUGAUCAAGAACGACGACGUGCCCGUGUACUACAGGAGGUGGAGAUUUGAGGCGAAUAAUCCGAAUUACAGCGGCACUUUUGAGGUGGAUUUCGUGGUGCGUCCGUACGAUGUGGCUUCGGUCUCGCAGCAGUCGGACGAAAAUAGGGGCCUUCCAUCCCGCACGACAUUUUAUACGGAGAAGGAGUUUGCGGAACUACCAUCGGACGACAGCAAGCCGAUGCUUGUCGUCUUGCACGGUUUAUCUGGAGGCUCCCAUGAACUGUAUCUCCGCCAUGUGAUUGCGCCCUUGUUAGAGCAAGGAUGGGAGGCGUGCGUAAUCAAUUUUCGGGGUUGUGCAGAGUCCAAAGUGACCAGUUCCAUUCUCUAUAAUGCCCGCGCCACUUGGGACGUCCGGCAAAUGGUGAAGUGGCUGCGGAAAAUAUUCCCCAAUAGGCCGUUAUUUGGCAUUGGUUUCUCGCUUGGUGCUAAUAUUCUAACAAAUUAUCUCGGAGAAGAGGCCGAAAAAUGCGAGCUCAAGGCCGCUGUGAUUUGCUCGAACCCAUGGAAUCUCGAAGUCGGAUCACUGGCUCUGCAGCGAACAUGGCUUGGUUUAGAGGUCUAUUCCAAAACUAUGGGUGAUAAUAUGAAACGGCUAUUUGAACGGCAUGUUGCAGCUGUAGAGAAGCACCCACGUGUUGAUGUUGAACGAGUUAGAAACAUCAAAUAUCUGCAUGAAUUCGACAGGUUAGUUCAAGUUGUUCCACAAUACUUAAGACAAAGUGUCUGA